AUGAAAAACGACAUUAAGAGAUUUCCUCGUGUGAAAAUGAGAUUAGAAAUGAAGAGAAUAGGACUACAUUCUCAUGAAGACAUUCCUCUAAUUGUUUUCAUAAUUCUAUUUGGAUUAACAUUUCGGGACUUCAAACCAGAUCACUCUAACAAAAAUUUCCGUGUUGAAGAAAAUUUAAAGAAAAAGAAAAGGGCUUCGAUGUCAAAACAUGUUCAGAAAGUUAAAAGAUUUGUUUUGAAAGAACAUUCGGGAGGAAAACGGAAAUCAAAAAAGAAAUCGAAGAAAUGA